GGGCCUGACUGACUCUCCAAAAAGUCUGAACACCACGCUAACAUGGAGCUGCCUCUGGCCACCAACGCAAAUGACAUAACUAUUUCUCUUCCCUCAACUUCUGACUGGCAUCUGGCAUCUGGCGCUACUACCCACUCGGUCAACCUUUGUGCGUCCAAACAUCAGAUCUUUAUACACCACAACACGCUCCUAGAUACUUGCUGUGUUUUGUAACUCUACUUUCAAGCUUACAGUGCAUCUAACACACGCAACACCUAUCGCGGGAGCAACUGCACAUUGUCCCCGAUGAUCAUUUACUGAGACAGCCUUUUACACUUACUUUUGGCUGGCCAGCACGGGUUGGAUCGAUAGUGGCAACUCAGCAGCAUAGAGGAUCGGUCGUCACUUCCAUUUGUGUCACCCAUGGCGGCGACCUGAUUGUAUCGGAAGGAACAAGCUAUCGUGAAUUGGCUGCAAUAAAAGAGCGAAAGAAGCAGGCAAAAGAAACAUUUCGGGAAGGCAGAGGGCCAAGCAUCUCGAGCCGAGGCUUUGCACAAACGCUUUGGCUACGACGGGCUGUCGAACGAGAACAACAUCGCUCCUGCCUAGCAAGCAAACUUGGCAGCGGUCUUCGAAGCGCAGGCUUCUAAGGCAGCUUUGUUGAGCUUUGGGCGACAUAGCUUCGGCUCUGUCACGUGGAUUGCGUGAAGAACCGAAUCAUUCUGCCUUGUACUUGGCACGGUUAUUUCUGGUUUGUGGGCUGCGAGGACCUAGGGGAAGGGAGAAAAAAAAAAAAAAAAAAAAAAAAGGAGAGACCAGCGGAGACGACCUUCUGGAGACGAACGAGAGGUUAUUGCCGUCGUGGUUUCGGGGCAGUAAUCUGUCAUUCGUGAUACGUGUAAGGACUUUUUGUCCCCUCUUGGUGAGAGCGCGGUAUUGCUAUUUUCCGAUUUGGCAGCGGCAGCAGCAAGACUCCAAAGAUGCCGGUAGAGCUUCCAGGGUUCUAUUUUGGUACGUAUGGGGGAAAUAAUUUUUCCCUCCCACAUGAUUGCUCUAUUGUGUGAUAUCCAACCCGAAAUGAACAAAACUAUCUAUAAUCGGGGAUCUAGCUACCUUUCUGACCGUAUAGACUCGUACGACUUACUAACACUGUUCUAGAUCCCGAAAAAGGCAAGUACUUCAAGAUAGAAGACAACAAAACGGCGCCAACGACACGCUACACAUCUAACGAUGUAAAGCGGCGUCGUCUACUCGAGGAGAAGAAGCGUGUAGAAGAGGAGAAGGAAAAGAGGCUGCUUGCGUUCCCUCGAAAGCUAAAGCGAGCAAAGAUCCUGGAAGACCCUCUUCUGGGAGGGUUCCUGGAAAGAGAGACAACCCAGCAUAGGCCGGUGGUUCACAAUGGCGGAGAUGACGAUACGGUGAUAAAGUCAUGGGCCAGAGGGUUAACUGACAAGGGAAAGGUCGACCUUUGGCCGGACCUGAUUCAAAACGGGAUCAUGAUUGGAACCAUUUCUCACUUGUGGGUGGGAGGUUCGGACUCGAGAACAGGGUUGGGGGUUACUUAUGCAGCGGUUGACGACGACUCCUUGACGAGCUCGUACAUCCCGAGGGAUGGUGCUGAUGAGGUCAACUUUGCAUACGCAAAUGUCAGAUACAGACGGACCGACUUCAUGCCAAUGCCGGAAACAAUUAGCAUUCCUCAGCUCUCUUCACUCAGAUUCCAUGAGCCAUCCGGCAGGAUGUUUCUCACAUCUAGGAUGCCGACGCGCACUCCCUCCAUUGCUUGGUUCUCUCCAAGUCAAUCCGAACCUCCCAUAGAAGAAGAGGAGCGGCCGACGUGGCAGCUAGGCAACUCCCCCAACCUAAUCAAAAUCUCCGCGCCUACCCCCAAGGGCACCAAAUACGGUGUCAUCAAUACCUCCUGCCCAGCACCCUCCUACUCCCGCCUCACCUGCAUCGCUGGCGGUGACGUCGGCCUCUUGCAACUCACCAACGACUCCCGCCUAAGCUGGCUCACCAAGCCUCCACCACCUUCUUCCUCCUUCAAGGCCAACCAUGACUCCCCUCCACCCAUGGCCAAGCACGGUGAAGUCCUCAGCCUCGAUUUUUUGACAGUCAACCCAGCCGAAGUGGUCCUCGUCGGCGGACGCACCGGCCGCGUGUGCGUGCUGGAUAUGCGUGUGCCCGAUGAGGAAUGGGGCUGGAUCAAGCACCCCAGCAGCGCGGCGCACGUUCGCUCCGUUGGGAGUCAUGGGGUGUUGGUGGCGGGUCCGAUGAGCGCCAUGCGUCUCUAUGACAUUCGGUGGUGUAAGACCGAAAAGGGCAGCACUAUCAGUGAUGACGGUGACGGUACUGCUAGCAUUGAUACAGUUAUGGAUUGGCAACCCUCACGAUCGGCAGCUCCUGGCAGCAGCAGCAGCAGCAGCAGCAGCAGAAACACAAAACCCUACCACAAUCAAAGACCACAACAACACCGACCCAAAACCAGAACCAGAGAACCACCCCCCUUCAACCCCCUGACCAUGUCCACGCCCACCACCCCCAUUCUCACCUUCCCCUCCUAUCGCAACGCCGAAAACAUCCACAUCGGCUUCGACGUGCUCUCCGCCCCGCACUACACGGCAUACAACCUCGCAGCCGCGGCUCACGACGACGGCACAGUGGGAUUGUACUCUUUGCUUGAUGGCUCGCGCGUGUCGAGCAAGACUAUCGAUAGGAUUGGCUUUGCUUCGGGCUUUGGUAAUGGUGGCCUGGGCCAGGAUGAUGAUGAUGAUGAUGAUGACGUAGAUGCAGGACCAAAUGAUGUUUUCAGCAGGGGAAACGUGAUUAAGAGUCUAAUGUUCCAGACGUUACCAGGGGAUCGGCAUCCGAGUUUGUUUGUGGGCGAGGGGCCGAGGAUUAAAAAAUACUCGUUUGGGGUGGAAACUAGUAAGUGGAGGAGGAACAAGAAUAGGACGGCGAGGGUGGAGGAAGGGUAUGGCUGUGAAGAGGAGUUUUGA